AUGAGGCCACUCCGUAGUCAACCCAGUGACACAGGACAUAGCCUCAUGACGAUGCGUAUCACCAGGUCUUCGUUUAAGAUGUCUGGAAACAAUGAAAUUUCUCAUGAUGCCGACAUAUCAGAUCUAACGUUUCAAAGUCUAGAAAACCGUCUAAAUACAUCUAGCAUACAUAUUAGUCCUAAAUCUUCACCAAGUGUCGAGGUCCAUCAGUCACUCCUUAACUCAAGGAAACGUGGACGCCCAGCUAAAGAAAAGUUGGAAAACUUAGUUGAUUCCAGUGAAAACCCUGAAAAUCUCUCACUUAAUAGAUUAAAUGUUAGUGUAGCAAAAAUCCCACCUGAUGAAUGUGAAAGUUAUUACAAGGAACAAACGUUUAACAAACCUUCAAACUGUAGUAGUUCAGAUGACUCUGUCGUACAUUAUGUGCGUAAAUUACGCCCCCGUCGAUCAGGAUCAAAUUAUUGUUCUACUGAAAGAAGAUCUUUACAUCGAAGCAGUAAAUUUCGACGCGUUCGUUGUGAAGUUAGCAUUUCAAAUAAUAACAAUACAUCACAGGGCAGUUAUUCAACAGAUGGCAAAUCCUAUCCGAACUCUGUUACCUUUCGUGAUGACCAUAAUGAUGCUAUUUUAGAAGAUGAAGAUGAUGAAGAUCAGGGGGAUAACGAUGAACAACGAACAAGACGGUAUCCAGUACGUAAUCGUAGAAAUACUACUGUUUAUCAAGUUGAAAAUCCUCAAAACAAUCAUCACAACAAUCCGCCUCAACAACAGCGGAACUGGAUGGCUGGUACUGGAUAUGAUAAACAUAAACGAUCGCGUCGGUUUAAAUCAAAAUACCGCAAAAAUUUGGAUCAUCGUGGUUCUAGUACAUCCUCUUCUUCUAGUGAUUCGGAUGGAUCAUUAUGUGUUCGCAGUUCUAUUCGUCGUGGAUGGGAUCGUUUAUACUACUCUGCCAAAGAGAAUAAUGGUCCUGUUACUGCUGUUGAUGAUGAUGAAAAACGUUUUGAACGUCGUGUUAAUAAAAGCAUUAUGCACGCCAGGUCGGAAUUAAUGCCAAUUAACAAACAUCAGCUUGGUUUUAGGAAUAAAUCCACAGUUGAUGAUCGAUUAAUUGGUGAAAGUUGUUUAGGUGAUAUUCAACCAAUGUCUAUUGAUUCAUCUGUCGGAUUUCAACAAAUUGGUGGUCAUGAACAACAUAUAUUAGCACUGAGAGAGAGCAUAAUCCUACCGUUAAUGUAUCCUGAAGUAUUUUCAAAGUUCAAUGUUGAUCCACCUCGUGGCGUAUUGUUUUCCGGACCUCCAGGUACAGGAAAAACAUUGUUAGCCAGAGCUUUAGCUAAUGAAUGCAGUCGUUUGGCUGAAGAUAACAAUGGUUCCGGAAAACGUCGUGCUAUAGCAUUUUUUAUGCGUAAAGGAGCUGAUUGUUUAUCUAAAUGGGUUGGUGAAUCUGAACGUCAAUUGCGUUUGUUGUUUGAUCAAGCCUAUCGAAUGCGUCCUUCGGUUAUAUUUUUUGAUGAAAUCGAUGGUCUAGCGCCAGUUCGUUCAUCAAAACAAGAUCAAAUUCACGCUAGUAUUGUUUCCACUCUGUUGAGUUUAAUGGACGGUCUGGAUAAUCGUGCUGAAGUAGUAGUUAUUGGUGCAACCAAUAGACCCGAUGCUAUAGAUCCGGCUUUACGACGACCUGGAAGAUUUGAUCGUGAAUUCAUAUUCACUUUACCAAGUGAAGCCGUUAGACGUCAAAUUCUUGGUGUAAUAACCUCUAAAUGGGAUUCUAAACCAGAUUCGCUAUUACUAGAUCAGAUUGCUGCAACAACUACUAAUUUUUCUGGUGCUGAUUUAAAAGCGUUGGCGACAGAAGCAUGUCUAUGCUGUUUACGUCGAUGUUAUCCACAAGUUUAUAAAAGUCAUGUUAAACUAGCUUUGGAAUAUAAAUAUUUAGUGGUCUCACACUGUGAUUGGUUUGAAGCUUUACAAAUUGUUCGUGCAUCAAGUGAACGUUCAGAUGCUGAUGCAGCAGCAUCAAGUUUAACACCAUCUGCAAAUGCUCUGGCUGCUACUAUCCGUACACCUUUAUCACCGAAUCUAGCUAAACUGUUAAUACGUAAUGUUGAUAUAAUUGUGAACUAUUUAAGCAGAGCGCUAUUUGACCCUAGAAAACAAAUCAAUCCCACGGAUCAUUUUAAGUCAUCACGAUACUCAGCAAAUGAUAUUUCAUCAUGUAUUUUCAAAUCAAAAUUAUUCAUAAAUGGAAAUAUAUCAGAUAUUAUUAUGAAUGCUGUAUGGCAUAAAUUAGAGACAUUACAGGUGUUUACAAUAAAUUUGGCCAAUUUAUUUGCUUUUCCUGCAAGUAUUGGUAUGUGUCCUGAAGCAGCAGUUGCUCAAAUCAUCUCUUCUAUUCGACACGCUUUGAAUAAUUCAUCAACAUUAUCCUUUCGUAAUAAUUCUCAAAUGAAUGGAGUGGUUGUAUACUUACCUUCAGUUGACAGUCUUUUCAAAAGUAUCCCACAAUUAACUGGCCGCUAUCUUAUAGAUCGUUUGAAUGCUCUAGUCGAUGAAGUCAAUUGUGAAUUGAAUUAUAUUCCAUCAGCCCUAAUUGCUUCAGAAUAUGAUGGUGCUUCAUAUGAUAAUGAUAAUACUAGUCGUAGUGAUGUUGAUAAUCGUAAACUCUCUUAUGCUGCUAUAAAAAAUCCACGUCGAAUUGUUAUUAUUGGCACAUGUAAACAUCAAAACUAUAAAUCUGUCCCACCGAGAAUUGUUACUCCUCCAAAUAUUGAAAAACGUCUUCCAUCAGUGCGACAACCUAAUCUUAGUCCCAACAGCACAAACACACUUCGUGAAAACUGUGUCACAUUGUUCAAUACACCGACCGAAAAAUUACAAGAAGGCAAAUGCCAGUUAGUCAAUGGAAUAAAUCUGUCAGAUCGAUCGCCAAGCUCACCGUCGUCAAUUCAUUCAAGAUAUUCACCUAAGUCUAGUUUGCCUACGCUUCGUACUGGGAAUACUGUUAGUGUUAAUGAACCAGCUAUAAAGUAUUCAUAUGAUCGCGAUGUAGACAGUAUUAAAUUUCAAAUCAAUAUUAAUUUAUCUGAAUGUCGUAAAUCUUCAAAGACAUCAAAUGUUCAUCAUUCACCUUUAGUUAAUUCAGAUUUGAAUCCUUGUGAAAGUAACGCAGAUAACAUUCAUAAUAAUUCGUUAAAUGUUGAUCUUAGUGAUGAUUGUCCAAAGACUUUAGACUCUCCAAAUUCUAAUAAUUCCUUGUAUGUUAAUCAUAUGUUAAAUAAAAUAUUUGAUAUCAAUCAUACGGAAUUCAUAAAUUUAGAACCACCGAAUAGAGAUGAACGACUAGCAUUCUUUACUCCUGUUUUAAUUACAUGGCCACAGUUAACACAUACACAAUUAUUGGAUAUACGAGAUAAAUCUGCACAGCCACAUGGCACAUCUAUACCUACUCCAUCUCCUGCCGUUGAAAAUGAAGAAAAUUCGAGAAAAAACACUCGACAGGUUAAUUUCACCCCAGAAGAACUAGCCAUUAUAGAAUCUAGAGAAACACAAUUAUUUCGUCGUCUUAGACAAGUACUACGCCGUGUAGUAGCACAUUUGGCCAGUUUUCGACGAUUUGCUGUUUUCACUAGACCAGUUCAACUAGAAGAAGCACCAGAUUAUUAUGAUGUUAUAAAGCAACCAAUGGAUUUGGGUGUUAUACGUGAUAAAAUUGAUACACAUCAGUAUAAUAAUGUGAACCAUUUCAUGAAGGACGUGGAAUUAAUAUAUCGUAAUGCUCUUGAAUACAAUCCACCGAAUAUUCCUCGUAGUCGAGAUAUUCGCUCUAGAGCUUCAGAAUUUUGGGAUGAAGCAUGUAUUCGUAUUGAAGAAGAAAUUCAACCACCUGAUCUUAAUGAACUGUGUGAAGAAGCUAAUCUUGCACGUGCAGCACGUAUGUCAUCACUAAGCAACCAGAAAAACAAAGAAACAGAACCUCAUUCUCCCACCAAAACUAAUGAGAAGUUGCAAAAGAAUAUCACAAAACAACCAUUACCUCUUCCACAAGGUGAUCGUUAUAGUCGAAGAUUACAUGGGGAAUCACCAGUUUUGGAACUUGAUGAUAUAAUUCAGUUGCAGUCAUCCAGUAGACCUCGUCGUAAAUUGUCUUCAAGUACUCCAAAAAUUUCACCUGAUUUGCAAACAACCCAACAUGAUGCUGCUGCUUCUACUACUGAUCUUGACGCUCCAGACUCUUCUUCAAAUGUUAUGUUGAAACCGUUUGAAGGUGAUGCAAGUGAACACUUUCCCUCAAAGUCAACUACAGACAAUUUCCAGAGUGUAUCUCCUAAACACUCUGAUGUCCGAUCACCAUUAGGAACAUCUCCACCUGCCGAACACUGUCGUUCCAGUGCAUCACUUCAGGUUGAUUUAAAAAAGUUAAAUCAUUUCCUUGAUCAAGUUGUCCUACAAACAGACGGUUGGUCAGCGAUACAACUGGUUGAUCUAUAUACAGACUUUAUUAAUUUAAUUUUAUGGAAGUAUGCAUCACUGACAAAUCGUUUGUCUUUAUCAGAUGAUUUCGAGAAAAUUUUCGCAACGCAUCAGAACGCACCGAAUACAACUUCACACGCCAACUUCUAA